AUGACUCGAUGCAUCCAGUUGCAGACAUACGAUCACGUGCGCAACGCCGUUGGGACAAGCGAAUCUGUAAUGUUUCGUCCGGACCCGUUUACUGCUCCGAAUAAUGCUCAUCACGAUACGCCACCAUUUCCUGUGCAGUCCUUAUCAGCGACGAGAACUUCAUAUGUUGAUGAGUAUCGCCCGCGAUCCCAGAGUGCCGACACACGACGACAUUCAUUUGUGCAACGUCGAUUGUUCUCUGAGGAUCACGACCCAUCCACAUUACUGUUAAUGUCGACUGCGUCAGCAUCGUUAGAGCCGUACUGUAUCACUGACGUCGACAGUGGCACAAGGCGCAAUUCAGGCCAGAUCAGCAGCUUCGACGACAAGUCAGUGACACAUCUUCGAAGACCUGCGUCGAGCACGGUUCAGCUUCCGUCGUACAGAGAGCGAGUUGAGGAGCAGCUCUCCCUGCAGUUUAAUAGCGCCGCCCACAAUUUCACACAGCACCUGCGGGAGCGCUCUCCGUCGAGUAGCUCGGCGCUCCUGAAUCUGCUUUCUCGCUAUCCAUCAGCUAAACAGUCUGUGUAUUCAUCUAAAGUUGGCUCAACGGCGGUCGCUCAGCAGCGCAUCUAUCGUCUUGACGAACGACCCGUCGACACACAUUCCUAUCGUCCCACGGACGCAGUGCCUGGCUAUCCGCUGGUUGAACUCUCUGUGCCAAAGCAACAAUCACAACAGCAGCAACAACAGCAACAUCGUCGUCAGCAGGUGCACUCACAUCAUCCCCAUAAACAGCAGCAUUGGUAUCAGACACAGCAGCCAAUCUAUGUCAACCUCUCAUCACCGCAUCGCACUCAAUCGUUACCUCUGAACGGCCAAGCACUUUUGCCUCGUGAAAACCCACUGAACGUCUCUGUUUACAGCGACUUCAAUCAUUCACCAACACAUUCGCACUCAAGCGGCGGUAGUGGUGGAGGUAGGGAGAGUAAUCCCAGCAACACGUUACGAUACACAAACGGUGUUGGCACGCUGCAUCCACAGAACUCCGUUUCUACAGCAAAACAAGUUGGUGAUCGAUCUGAACGUAAAUUUCAUACUGAUCUUCUAAACAACAACGACACUCCUACUGCAAGUUAUAAGCGCUGGGAAGAUUAUUUCGACGUGACACAGCUCGAUUCGUUAUUGGCUUCAGUACUCGAAGAGAAUAUGAAUCGAUCGACAACGGAAUGGAGCAACUCAUUUGCACAAGUGCAAAACAGAUUCAAGAACCUGCCGCCAGAAACAGGAGACAGUGGUCUGCUUCAUUGUUUCACAAGCUCCGGGGCGCCGACGUUACCACGACGUUGCGGUUCGUUGUUGAUGCUGAAGUCCGCCAGCAAUAACGAGAUGAGCAGGUCCGAAAGGUCAGUGUUAAACUCAGCUAUUGAGCGUCGUGCCGCUGAAGCUCCUGAACUGAGAAAAUCUGGCGCAAUCGACAGUUUCUGGAGUAACACUGUCAACAACCGAUCAUCAUCGCGGACGAUCCAACGGAUACCCGGCAGCCUAACAGCUGCUGAGCGCUUGCAGAUGCUUCAAGAAGAUACUAACUCAUCUUUUAGUAAUAUGAAUAAGCCGGGUACCGGUGCACAGUUGGCAGCCAGACGUGCGCAUUACUUACACGAGGCGUCUUCGGCUUCCACAUACAUUCCACCACAUCGAAAUGCAGCUCCCCAGCGACCCGGUACGCCUUCGGUUCAUCUCCAAGAUCCCUUACCGAACUUUCGCGAUCUAGACAAUGCUGUACGGGAGUUGCAGUGUGGCGUGCGUACAACUUAUAACUCUAAUAAAGCUAGACAGCUCGGCGGAUGCGCACGGUUUCCAACAGAUGACCAUGUGCACGGUCCUCCUCGAGUUGUUGAUGUCGCUAGUACGAUGUCACGAAAAAUGAACUCUUCCAGUCCCACCGAUUCGAACAGCGAAACGUCGUCAGUGUACCAGAUACCAUCUCCAUCAGGCCUUCCGCAUCCAAAGCCGAAACAUAACAUUAAAGAGCAGCUAUCAAAUGCGGGAGUGCAGCCGUACAACGUUUUCCGUUCGGGACUACGUGUGAGCCCGCAUUUCCCUAUACCUGUGACCGGCAGUGUGGCAUCACGAAUAACGGAAUUUGAAAAACGUCCCGGUACGCCGGCGUUACAAAUUGCCAGUGCUCCAAGUCAGGAAAAGAGCCUUGUAUCGAAUGGCCCAAUGAGCCCUAAAUCGAGCGUGUUCAAGAGUAAAGCCGUCAUUCAUGUUGAUACUGGUUCGAGAAGCCCACGAAGCCUCAGUAACUCCGCUACCGUCUUCAAUUUUCCUCUGCCGACGAAAGUAAGUAAAAUUUGA